AUGGCAGAAGGAGAUAAGAGCGACGCUGUUUCCGCUUGGUUUCUUGGCCCUAAGGGCGAAAAUGCUGAGACUUUGAUUUGGCUACUGACGGAGGCUCUUCAACGUCAUGUCCAAGGACGCGUUGCAUAUUUUCCGGAGGAUGCUUCGGUGAUCACACCAGAAGUAAAAUCUACCGUUGCAUUUCAAAAACAAAUUCAGAAGCAAGCAGCUCUUGUCAAAUCGUUAGCGGAAAAGCUCGCAGAGCACUCCGUUCCAUUUUGGAACCCUCGUUAUAAUGCUCACAUGAACAUGGACACGUCUAUGCCUGGAAUUGUUGGGUACUUCACGGCCAUGCUCUUCAACCCCAACAACGUUGCUCUUGAAGCAUCCCCAUUAACCACUGCCAUCGAAAUAGCAGUCGGCAAACAGCUUGCUGAACUUGUUGGGUACAACAUCGAAACGCUGCAAAACCCCAUCGGCUGGGGCCAUAUCACUGCGGAUGGCUCUAUCGCUAAUUUAGAGUCGAUGUGGGCUGCGCGAAAUCUCAAAUUCUAUCCUCUUUCACUGAGGCUGGCGAUGAUGAAUCAACUUGAAUUCAUAGCGGACACGUUCCACGUAGAUACCUGCACCCAUGAGUCGAAGUUACUCAAAGACUUCACUACGUGGGAACUUUUGAACAUUCUUCCGUCGAACGUUCUGGACAUCCCGACUCGCAUCAACGAAGAAUAUGGCAUUACGGCACAAUUUUUGCAGGAUGCCCUCAAGCCAUAUCUCGCCCAGACUGUGGGCAAGGAACGUCUUGAGCGCGAAUUUCAUGUCGAACCAAUGGCGUAUUUCGCCAGCGCUACAAUGCAUUACUCAUGGCCCAAAGGAGCUGCGAUAACUGGAAUUGGCAGUGAGAAUGUGGUUCCCGUCAAAGUGGACAAUUCUGCUCGAAUGGAUCCGAACGACCUCCGAAGGUUGCUGCACGAGUGCUUGAACCUCAAGGAUGCUCAAGGGAACCCUGCUCCCAGAGCUGUUUACGCUGUCGUAGCGAUAGUCGGCUCUACAGAACACGGUGCUUGCGAUCCGAUCAAGGAUAUCCUAGACAUCCGCGAUGAAUUUCGUAAGAAGGGCCUCAGCUUUGUUCUUCACGGUGACGGCGCUUGGGGUACCUAUUUUGCGACCGCUAUCCCCGAGGUUAUAGUUCAAGAGUCUAUCAGCCUCUCAUCCCAAUGGUCCCAUACUAGUAUGAAGAUUGGAGAAUAUAACAAGGCCAGACACGACGUCUUCGUUCCUACUGUUCCACUCAAGACCAAAACCCUUGAGAGCAUCGUACAUAUGCGAUAUUGCGAUUCUAUCACCGUCGAUCCUCAUAAGAGCGGAUACCUCCAAUAUCCUGCUGGAGGUCUGCUCUACCGCGAUCAGCGUAUGCGCUAUCUGGUGACUUGGACAAGUCCUAUCGUUUACCGCAAUGACCUGCAAAGUAUUGGUGUUUUUGGCGUUGAGGGAAGCAAGCCCGGUGCUGCGCCCGUUGCGACCUUUUUCUCGCAUGUUAUUCUCGGUCUUAACGUUGACGGCUACGGUCAAUUGCUGGGUGAGGCUUUAUUCGGCGCAGUCAAGAUGUACGCCCAUUUAGCGACCAUGUCAUCAAGCGAAUCGACUUUCGUUGUCCGUCCCCUCAAUCUUCUUCCUGCUGAAAUCAACGGCAUCCCCGAAGAAGUUGAGGCGCAGAAGGAACUCAUCCGGAAGAAGAUCCUGUCCGUCCCUAACCGCGAGCUUGUCAACGAUAAAGAGACUUGGAAACUUGUCGUCGAGAUGGGCUCUGAUCUUUCCAUUAACGCCUUUGCCGUCAAUUUCAAGUUGGGAAACGUCGUUAAUGAGGAUAUCGUCGAGGCUAACUACCUCAACAAGCGUAUAUUCGAUGCACUGUCCAUAACCGACGCGAACACCGACAAGAAGCCUCCGCUUAUACUCACUUCCACAGUUCUCGCUCAGAAAAGUUACGGCGAGUGUCUGCUCAAAUUCAAAGACCGUUUAGGCUUGAAGGGAAGUCAAGACCUAUACACGCUUGUCAACGUAGUCAUGUCUCCUUGGCCGACUGCAAGCGGUCUCACAGCUGAGAUCGCCCAGUCCUUGCAAGAAACCAUCGUGAAAGAGCGCGAAGUCUCUGUUUACCGCAAUACUCUUACCGAAGACUAUCAUGCGUUUGUCAUGCAAGGCACUGACAAACUCUACUUCGUUCAUCUCCCCAUGUUUAACAUGGAAAAUCAUCGCCACCAGCUCAUAAUCACGGGUGUGAUCUCUGCCGAAAUGAGGACCAUUUACAUUGAGGAACGCGAAAAGAAUCCCGACACUGUUUAUCUCCUGGUGAAUGAUACUCCCACCACUCUCGGAAAGAUUCUGGCGGCGAAGGAAUUUGAUGCACGCAUUGAGCCCUUUGAUUCCAAAGGCCAACAACCGCCCAUUGUCAAAGGCAAAAUCACAGAUAUCCAGGUCAUUGUUCAGAAGAAGCUCAAUAGCAAGUUCUUAACUCCUUACCCGACUCGCAAGAUGCCCUUCUAUAUCUACGGCUCUGAGGCUCAGAUGCACAUAGACCAUGUCUAUACCGCAUCACCCAACAUACAGAUGACCGCUGAACAAGUAGUCAUUGGAGCGGACCUACAAAACGACUGGAACGCCAAUCCCGUCCUUUACGCGCAACUUCCCUUUGCCGAAAGUUCGAUGCAGCCCUUCCUUUCCAACUUCGAUCGUGAAACGGCACCUAAACCAUUCUUCUUCCACAGUGGUGCUAAGUACGACCGUGUUGUUUUCACGAGGGACCUGGCUGGCGAAGACGUCGUGGCUACAACCAGUCUCACUCUGCCUCUGAAAAGGAAUGUCUUUAUUGAUACCGACAUGCUCAAUGCUGAUCCUGAACCUAACUCGGCGGAAUCGGUUUCUUACUGCGUUGCUCACGUUCAUGAAGUAAACUUUGCUGAAGAUGGGGCUAAAUUCAAGCCCCGGGGACAUAAAUACAUGCAGAUGAUUGAUGAGCUCAAAGACACAUUGCAAGAUAUCGGCUCGUGA